CGAACGGUAAUAAUAGCACGCAUCGCAAGAGAGCACGCCGACUUUCGCGAGACCGCGAGGAACCCGGUGAACAAGGGAGAUUGCUUUCGCAGGAAGAGCCUCGAGUCCGAGGGCGGGCACACUUGGCGCGAGUACACGUAUCGCAAGAUCACGCCGUGCGACGCGUGCGGGCAGGUGCUGCGCGGUCACAGCCGCCAGGGCGUCCGUUGUCGCGGCUGCAAGGCGAACGCGCACACGGACUGCAUCAACAUGGUGCAGCCGGCGUUGUGCCCGAGCUUGGCGCCGAAGAAGGGCGGCGGUAUACCGCUUCUACGACGGCAAAAGACGCAAGUGCCCGCCGACGAGGUGCCGGCGUCGUCCGAGCACAACGUGGACGCCAUAUACCAGGUGCUGAAGCAGGCAGGCGAGAUCCGUGGAAACUCGACAAACUCACCACCUACGCCUCCCACAGCAGAACAUCCCCCCUCCGGUGCAGCACCUUCGUCAGCGAGGGCCUCCUCCCAUCCCUGUUCCUCGUCCACCUCUGGUAAGGCGCACCACCAAGAAUUCCUACCGACCUUGGAACGUACGUCGGAACCCCGAAAAUUUUCCCACGUACAGUGGCGGAUUGCGUGCCCGACAUUCGCCGGGAUCUCGAGACGAGGAGAAGCUCGUACCUCAUAUUCCAGAAUUUCGUUGUCGGACUUUAUUCUCUUUAUAUCGUUAUUAAUUUUGAAUUUUGUUAAAUUUUAUUAAAAGUACAGUAAUAGGUUUUUUUCAACCAUUUUAUUAUAUGACAAUAAAUAAGAAGUGCUUCUUAUUUAUUAUCAUAUAAUAAUCUGAAACUAGAGUUUUUAGUAACAUAUCUCGAAUAAGAUUUUUGAGUGUAAUCCGUCACUGGGAAAAAUUCAUAGAAUUCGAUAUCCAAAGCUAUAGUUCAAUUUUGACAAUCGAUACGCUUGUAAAGCCGAAACGUGUCGGAAUUAUUGGGGCAUAUCUCUCUAUCGACGUAGUACUGGAGCAACAUAUUUCUCGAAUGUGUAUCUUAUUUUAUCUAAUCUAAUAGUAAGUUCGUAUUUAAUCGAUAUUUAAUCUAUUUUUUUCUGUAUAAUUCUGUACCACUAUUCCCCCUGUACACUAGAAUUUUAAUUUUAAUUUUGUAAACUGAAUAGUCUCCCUUAUUAAACUGUAAAAAAAAAAAAAAUAACUUUUAAGUUAUUAUUUUUAUUCUUUAGUGUAUCGUAGUCAUUGUUACUGUAAUACUCAAAAGAAGAUAGGAAUAUAAACUUAAUUUAAUAAAUUAUAUGUGUAUAAAGAUCUUAUUGAUAAAAGAAUUGAAUUAUAGAAACCAUCAAAUGCAUUCAAAAUUACCUACUUUUUUUCAAAGAGAAGCAAUAUGUGAUGUCUCGAAUUUUCUAUACCUUUAUAAUACUUCUAUUUCAUAUUCUUAUCUUCUCGACUACUAGUUAAGUUGCUGUUACAUGUAAUUGAAUUUAUGUAUGUAUAAUUUCUUUUUAAGCACGUGUAUAUGUGUGUGCGUGUUUAAUGUCACCCGUGCUCCAGUACUGUCGGUUCCAAGGUCUAGAAGUCAUUCUAUGUGUUUAUGUAAAGCCGCUCGUCUUCAGGGACAUGACUCGUAAAAUUCGUAAUCUAUCGAUUCUUUAAUGUUACACUCCUUUCUUCUUCUUCUCCUUCUUCUACACCCAUUUCUUUUUCUACCGCUCUGCUUUUCUCUUCUUUUCU